GUCUCUGACGCAAUGAAAGCACAGCAAACCAGUCCUGCGCAGGGGAAGCCGUCAAACUGGACGAGCUACCUUUUCCCUGCACGGGGUCUCCCCUCCCUCCCCCGGGGGUGGGGGCUGACUGCCGGGCUGGAGCGGCCACCUCCCCAAGCCCUCACCUCCCCGGGCCUCCUCCCAGGACCUGACGCCGGUACCCAGGGUGCCCGGCGCGGACAGCCACGCCCUGCCCAGGGAUUCCCUUCUGGGCCCUUUUCCAGCGUCCGGGGGUCAGGAGUACGAACAUCCAGGCUCUUCCAGUAUUUGCCUCCGAAGCCCGAGCAUCUCUGCAGCCGCCGCCGUCAUCGCCGCCGGGAUCUGCGUGGGUGAGGUGCGGCCCAUCCGCCACAGCCACCUGCCCCCCCCUUCCACCUGGACCACCUGCCUCCACCCCCCCACGACCCACCUGGACCACCUGCCCCCCUCCCCCCCACGACCCACCUGGACCACCGGGACGCCGACCCACCUGGACCACCCGGAUCACCCGACAUGGACGCGCGGAGCCCCAAAGCCCCGGGCGGGGACGCGCUGCGGGACGCGGCAGAAAACCUAUUUCAGGAACUUCAAGAACAUUUUCAAGCUCUAACUGCAACUCUGAACCUCAGAAUGGAAGAAAUGGGAAAUCGCAUCGAAGAUUUACAGAAGAAUGUGAAUGACUUAAUGGUGCAAGCUGGGAUUGAAAAUUCUAUUAAAGAACAAAUGACCUGAAGACUUGAAAAUAUGAUAAAGUCAAAGUUGUACUUUUUGAAUGACAAUUUGCAUAGUAUGUGUUCUGGUUUUUACUAUUUAAUUUAAAAAUUCAUUUUAAUGAAGUGAAAGAUUAAAAGAACAAUGCAAUAAGAACAUAGUUUAGAAGGCGAUUAACCACUUGACCCAGAUGGUUCUAAAAUGGCAGAACAUCUUUCAACGCAUACCUAGUAUUUACAAGUCAUGGGAGGGAAGCAUAAGCUAUAUCAGGUCAGCUCUUUUUCCUGAAUUAAGUUCUAGAUAGAUCUUUGUUAAAAAAUCAUAAGCUGUUUUGUGAUUGAGAUUUCUUUUUCAAUACGUGCAUUCUAACUCAGCUUUUCCAGUCAUAUGGUUCUCUGUCUAGUCCAAACACAUUCUGACAGCAAUGUUCUCCAGACCAAACAAAACCCAGGAAAACAGCCCGCCUCAUCCCAGGUCACCCUUGCCCACUCUGCUCCUAAGGAGGUGGUCACCAAGAAGAAGCACAAAGAUCACAGCUCAGCUUAUUCUGUAGGUUAUGUAGAGACGUUUUCAAAUAAUUAUCCAAUUUGCCUCUCUGAGCCCAAGUAAAGCAGAACAGGGUCGGUAAUAGGCUCUCAUUGUAAAAAUAACACGAUUCCUGCAUAUGAGAUAGAUUUUAUUCUUCAUACAAAAGUCAAAACCACCCAUAAUUCUACAAUUUAAAUUGAAUUAGCCACUGUAAACAUUUUUCUGUACAUACAAUUCUAUAUACGGUUGAUGAUGUUGUUUAUAAUCUCAUAUCCUGUUCUCUUCAUAUCAUAAACAUUUUUCCAUCUGAAAAUUUCACACACUUCUUAUAUUUUUUUCUUAUGGCUGACUACUAUUCUAUCAUAUGGAUGUAAUAAUUUAACCAUUUCCUUGACUGUUCUUUGGACAUUGACGAUAUUUCCCACCAUCUUGCUACUAUAAAUAACGCUGUAAGGAACACUGUUACCGUGAAUUCUCUGCAUGUUUCAUUAGGGUCAGAAGUGUGACUGAAGACCGAGUACAUUCGUCAAAUGCAUUUAAGAAAUGAAGCAUCAUUUUAUACUCCCAACAGUGGUGUAUGUCUUUCCUUUUUUAAUCCAAAGUUUUAAAAUGGCAUCAUUUAAAUUCAGUAUUCUGGGGCGCCUGGGUGGCUGUCGGUUAAGCGUCCGACUUCAGCUCAGGUCAU